AUGGAUCACUACAAGGUGCUGGGACUUAAUCGGAGCGCGACAAAGUCGGAGGUAAAGGAAGCCUUCCGGCGGCUGGCUGUCCAAUUCCACCCGGACAAACAUUCCCAAUCCUCCAGCCAAGUGAGAGACAGCGCAGCUCACCGAUUCAAGCAGAUCUCCGAGGCAUACCAGAUCCUCAUCGACGAUCGGAAGCGCGCCGAUUACAACGUCCGCCGCUCCACCGCCCAACCCCACGGCGGCGGCGGAUACGCCGGCAGCAAGUACCACUACAACAACCGGUCAUCGUCUUCUUCUUCGUCGUCGUAUAAUUCAUACGACGGUGGUGCGCGGCGGAGGAGCAGCAGCGGAGUGUCGAUGCUGGAGGUCGCGAUCCGGUUCAUGACGACGAGGGCGUUCCUGCUGAACGUGGCGUUCGCCGGAUGUAUGUUGGGCGGCGCGAAAAUGAUCGACGGCGGCGGCGAGAGGAUGUGGAAGCGGUGGAAUUCGGGGAAAUCGUUCGAGGAAGCGAUUGAUUCGAUCGAGAAGGCCAAAUCGCGGCAACGGCGAGGGCCUGAAGACGAUGAUUGA